AUGUUUCAUUCGUUUGACGGCGGUGUCUCCUUGACAACCAAAACAAAAUGGAGUACACCGGUAGCAGUUACGAGGGAGAUUUCCACAAUGGACGGAUGGAAGGGAAGGGCACGUAUAACUUCCCGACCGGUACGCGGUAUGACGGCGAGAUGAAGGACGGCACGUUCCACGGGAAAGGUACGCUGUUCUUCCCGAACGGCAGCAAGUACGAGGGAGAGUGGGAAAAUGGCAUUGCCAACAAGGGUAAGUACACCUUUGCGGAUGGUCUGGAGUAUGACGAUGAGGAGUGGCUGUACUGUGACGGGUACGACAGACGAUUUUACACAGAGAUCUGUAACGGACUGAAGCCUGCAGGUCGUUCCCAGUUAACCAACAGAGUACCCCCCAGGGAGAUCCCAGAGGGCUGCUAUGACUGUGGAGAUGGAUUUUACAACCCCAAGACUAGAGUAGUGGUGGAUUACAAUCACAAGUUCCUCAGAAAUGCUGAUGAUGAUGAACAUGACUGGAUUGUCAAGACGUGCAGAAAAGGUUGGGACGAGAUAGUUGGAUAUCAGCCCAAGAUGGAUGCAUAGGAUAAAACUUCCUUCACUUACAGUUAGACAAAAAAGACAUUUACCAGUUUGUGAUGGUGAGAUAAAGUUUGCAGGAGCAAAAAAACAAGAUUAAAGAUAUCUAUCAUACACUGGUAAUUGAAGUCUUUGUAACAUAUGGGCUAUGUUAGGCCAGGAAGUGAGAAUCUGUGCAGUUUUUAUUAUCAUUAAAGUGCUUGUAUAUUGCUUGUUAUCACAUAACUUUUGUGAUGUUAUGCAUAUGUGUGAAGUCUUUAAACCAAAACCCUGAAUAUCAUGCUAGGUCAUCAUUGACCUGUUUGCUUACUUUCUACACAACCUACAAACUUAAUGCUGUGUUAAAGUUCAUCAAUACAUUAGCAAA